CUUUAAAAGUAAUUUUAUUGAUUAUUUACAAAUUGCAAUUAAUUCAAGUGAAAUGGUGAUUUUGUAAAGAAGCUGAAGCAAUAUUGCUUCAAAAAUCGGCACUUGAUUCCGUGAGAGUGAAUUAAACUCCGACAAGGCAUGCCGUGAAUUGAGCGAUGCAAUUUGCUCUUUGUAUGGAAAAUUCACGAACCUGAACACGGACGGGGUCGAUCGUGAAAAUAGUAGCAGCUCAACAGGGGAAAAAUAACGAGAAAAGACUUGAAACUUUUUAAUUCCAAUUAUACAGCGCAGAAAAGACCCACUUCAAUUUGAAAGUUUGUAUACGCAGCGUAGGUUGCUUUGUUAAAGCAAUGAACGUCGAGUUCAAUCGCCUUCGCACCUUUGACAGAUGGGAGGAAGCAAAUUGGACCACAACCUUGCACUCAUUCGAUGGACUGGCCAAAGCAGGAUUUUACGCUACUGCUCGCAACAUGGAGGUGAAGUGUAACUUCUGUGGAGUGACAAUUUUUAUCGGAAACUCAACUGAAAAUAUUGAAGAAAAGCACCGAACUUUGAACCCUAGCUGUGAUUUUCUGCUACAUCCGGAUCGUACCAAUAAUGUGCGCUGUUUUGACGCUAGUGAACUCAAAAGAGAAGAAUGCCGUUUGGCUACGUUUUCCACCUGGCCAGUUCCCUACAUUAACCCUGCUUCGUUGGCUAAAGCCGGUCUAUAUUACACGUACAACUCUGAUCAGGUGAAAUGUGCCUGGUGCGAGGGAGUUAUCGGCCAGUGGGAAGUAGGAGACGAUCCAUUUACGGAGCAUCAAAAAUUCUUUCCGAAUUGUCCGAAAGUAAUCUCUAGCAACAUCAGCUCCAAUCCGGUUUUGGAUAGUAGCAUUGGGAUAUUGCCUGUUAAAACUCCCCACGCAGCCCAGUAUAGCUCGCUAGAUUCCAGAAUUCGUUCGUUUGAAAGUUGGACCACUGGACAUAUACAGAAUCCGGAACGCUUGGCUCAAGCUGGCUUCUAUUAUCUGGGUAGAGCGGAUGAGGUUCAUUGUUUUUACUGUGAUGGAGGAUUGCGUUUUUGGCUACCGGACGAUGAUCCCUGGUUCGAACAUGCCAGAUGCUUUCCCAAGUGUCAGUUUGUACAACUGGUGAAAGGACAAUUGUUUAUUGAAAAUGUACAAACCCAAAUUAAGAACAACAGUACCAGUGGUCAGCAGCAGCAAAUGCAAAUUGGAGCUCAUACAACAAUUCCGAUGACAUUGGAAGAAGCUCUUGGCACAGAGCCUGUCCAGAUGGCGUUGUCGAUGGGCCUCAAUGCUGGUCGUAUUCGUGCCGUUACCAAGCGACACUUGGAGAGCACUGGCCAACCAUUCACUGAUUCUCAAGCUCUGAUCGAAGCCGUCCUUGACGGACAAAUUCAAGACGAAGAGCUAGAGCCAACCAGCUCAUCUAGAAUGGAUCGUCGUAUUGAAAACGAGGUAUCGCGUCUGCUGUGGACGGCGAUAUCCUCUUCUGCGACCCCAAAUUUAUCAUCAUUCAAUUCCACAUUCUCGGCUCCCUCGCCUUCUUCCGAUUCAGCCGGUUCCGACGAAGUUCGCUCUGUUGACACAAGCUCUCAGACAGUACAAUCUACCUCUAGAAUAGUCACCUCCGCUGCUACAGUUGACUGCAAAAAGGUACCUGAACUAUUGGCUUCCGCCGAUAACCCCAUGCAUGAUCCGGAACAUCCAGAAAACGAUAAAACAUUUCGACUGGAGGAAGAGAAUAAGCGACUGAAAGAUGCUCGAGAGUGUAAAAUUUGUAUGGCUGAUGAAGUUGGCGUUGUAUUUUGUCCCUGUGGUCAUCUCGUAUCAUGCGUCCAAUGCGCCCCAGCGGUUACAAACUGUCCGGUGUGUCGAGCCGUAAUAAAAGGGCGCGUGCGAACCUUCCUCUCGUAAAUUGAAGCUGACAGUUAUGUUGAAGUUGAAGGGUUUUACAGUUCACUCACUAUCACGUUGCACAAAGUUGGGCCAAAGGCUCAUUCACACGGUUUACAAAGUACACGGUUGACUUAUACAAUGAGUGCUGAGAGAUGACUGUCUCAGCUUUAAUCAAACCUUUUCUGCGUUAUUCAUAAGUUCGAAAAGGCUUUUAUCCAGUGAGAUUGCUUUCUCCAUGCAUCCUAACUAUUAACAAACGUAACUAUUAUACACCAUAACGUACGCGGCACCAUCACGUUGCCGCCGAAAAUAAAAGAAAACUUUAGUCUAGUGAUAUCAGAUGAUACGUUGAAAUUUAAGUCGAAAAUACUUUCUUCAAGAAGGAACGGAUUUAUUUAGAACGUAGAGAUAAUACAAGGUGAAAAUCAUUUUUCCGAUAGUGUGGUGUGAUCUACAUAUAAACAGGAGAACCCUAGGGCAGUUAUCUAUUAUAAUAUAGCGUAGAUUUAGUGGUACAACUGUCUAAAUAGUAUUAAUGUUAGUUAAAAAUUGCAAAUA